CUGGCGCUGGCGCUGGUCGUGGCGCAGCGAGGAAUCAGUGGAGGUCGCUGUUCAUCGUGCUUAAUCUUCGCCAACGAGUGUCUCGAGGGUUCGUGAUGUGGAGGAAUGAUGCCGCGGGUCCUCCUCCCCCUCGUGUGCUGCCGCUGUCAAGGGAUUCUUUCCGGGCUUCCAUUUGUAGGUUCCUGUACUGGAAAGGCUUUCGCACUAGCUGUGAGGCGCCAAUGGGGACGAGCGAUUGGGGCAACUUGUCAGGAAAGCUGAGGUGUUGCUUUGUGGCCAGUGGCGAUCCCAGUGAUCUCCACAGACAAUCACGAACAAUGGCGGUCUCUUCGUCCUGGAACCAGAAAAAGCGAGCUUCUUUAAAGCUCGAUUGUCAAUGCGCUCCAUCCAGAGCGCGCGAGAUUGGACGCACGCAGUGGAGACGGAUUGAGACCGAUGCUCGACAGCGUGGGUCUUCUCUCCAGACUGAAGAGACGGAUAUGUAUAUUCCCGUCAAGGCUUUCUUCGUAUCUCGGAGAAUGCAGUGUGGACUUGAAGGGCCUGGCAUGCGAGCAUUUUGACGACGUGAUUUCCACUCGUAAAGAGCUCGUGCUAAGGUGCAGGGAUCGACCAGUAGACUCGCCCGCGCAUACGAAGAAGCCUGUACAUAGUACUAAAUGCUAUUCCACAGCUGAAGUGUUGGACAUGCGAACGUUAUAUGGUUGUGUAUCAGUAUGGCUCUGUAGUGCUUUUCAACUUUGGGGAUGAGGAGGAGACUGAGUUCUUAAACGUCGUCCGCAAGUACUGCAAGGAGGAGUUUGGCAAGCCGAAGAAGGAGGGUACAUUCCGAAUCAGUUCAUGCUAAGAUGAUACUAAGAUUACGGCGUGCUGAUCAGGCCAACACUGUCGGAGUGGAGUCACGGAUCACACGACAUAAUUAUGCUGAGGAAGUUUGACAUCGAUAACAUUCGCAUCAUUGCCAGUGUCUUGGCACAGAGUAUUGCCUUGGACUACUUUGCAAAGCUGGUUGAUGAGAUGAUAAAUGUCUUUAGUGAGCUCAACCGAGGUAUGGAGCGCACCGGUACUUUUACGAUGACCCGCAAAAAGCUAUUCCAGCUCGUUGCUUCAGCGAACUUCACACUUGCCGACGUCAUUGUCCGUAUGGGACUUUUAGAAAGGUCGGACGCGGCGUGGAAGAACAUAAACUACGCUCGGGUUUUUGAGUUUAUGAGGGAGGAGUUUGAGCUCAACGAGCGUUUCAAGAGCUUACAUUUCAAGCUCAAUAUUAUCCAGCACAACGUUCGGCUGUUUCUAGAGGUUCUCCAGAAUCGUAAAUCUGACAUCUUAGAAUGGAUAAUCAUUCUGCUGCUUGCUGGAGAAAUCGGUGUCGGCGUGUAUGACAUAUUGCACGAGGCAGGCGUCAUAUGAGAAGACAGCAGGAGCAACUCCAUCCAGCACAGAGAUCUCUCGAGCUUAAUCUAAAUCAAGCCAGGACAGCAAACAAUCGAGCGCGCUCUGAGGACAAGAUCUCUGCUGGACAAGCUUGCGUACGCCAAUUUUCGCCACUCGAGAGAGCUCGCGCUAAAGUACAAGACAAAAGAUUUCCUCCUCCUUUGCACACAUUACAAAACAUCACAUCAUCCAUCGCCCCUGGCUUUCCAUACU